UCGGUUCAGUCACGAGAAGGUAAGACGAAACUUCCGUGUGUGUUAUCCUCUUUCUUUCAAUCAAAAACUCUCUCCCGCCGCCAAUCAAAUUUGAUUCUCUCUAUAUAUAUAAAUCCCUGAUCCUCUCCCACGAACAAUUCGUGUUUGAAAUUCAUUCAGGUGCUUGCGAAAAAGACGACACAUCAGAUUCAACAUGAGCUACUACGAUCAUCAGCAACAACCACCAGUGGGUGUUCCUCCUCCACAGGGGUAUCCACCAAAGGAUGCUUAUCCACCUCCAGGGUACCCUCCAGCACAAGGGUACCCACCACCAGGGUACCCCCAACCAGGGUAUCCUCCACAACAAGCGUAUGCUCCACAGUAUGCUCAACAACCUCCUCCUAGACAAGAAACUGGUUUUCUUGAAGGAUGUUUAGCGGCACUAUGCUGCUGUUGCCUAUUGGACGCGUGUUUUUGAGGUCUGAAGAAUAAAUAAGAUUUGGAUGAUUGAGGCCUGAGUCACACCUUUCAUCAGCUUUAUUUGUGAAUUAGCAUUAAUCUGUUUAGGCUCUCAUUAUUAUUCGUAGAAUAUAUUUUUCAUUCAGAAUGUGUGAUCUACUACUACCACUAUACUAUGACUCUCAGCAAAUCACCAAAGUGUCUGGAUUCUUUAUUAGUUUGGUCAAUUUAGUAUCGGCUUAGUUUUCCCAUCGAUUC